AUGGCCACUCUAACCGAAGGCGAGAUCGAGAAGCUCUUCUCUGGAGCGCCCCAGUACUUCGCCCGCAGUGAAGGCCAUUGCUCUGGCGCGCCUCACCCUAGCGUCGCCUUCCCCUUUGACGAGGCAUUGGAGAUCCGCGACCUCACCGACCAUGUCCAGGUCGAAGACCGUGCCUGGAGCGGUGUUACCGCCUGGCCGCAUCUCACCAGGGACAUUAACCAUGAUGACAUUGCCCAGAAGCAAGUCGCUGCUUCGCGCAAAGCCCACUUCUUCAUCCGUUGUCGCGAGCGUCCCAAUAUGCUGAGCAUGCAGGGCCUCGAGAAGGGCUCCAUGGGUUACCAGGCCGCCCUCGAGUUGGCUGUUGGUGACGCCCUCGAGGAAGAGCAGUUCGGCUUCGACAGUGUCGGCAAAAAGGCCCAGGUCAUCGUCGAGGCGCGCGAGCGCAUGCUAUCUCCCAUUGGGCACCUGCGUCGUCUCCCCGAGACUGACAUCCUCAACAGGCUCAAGCGUAACGGCGAGCUUUACCGAGACAACAACCUUCGCAAGAGGACCUCCGUUUCAACUUACCAGGAUCUCUUCCACACUUUCAUGCGCCCAUGCAACGUCGUGGUGGACAAGCGUGACCACUAUAGCCUGACCAAUCAGAUCAAUGCCCUGCUCAAGUGUCUUGGCACCUCCAAUGUCUGGUUCGAUUUUACGCAUGUUGAGUGGAGGAUCAGACUGGGCCAGAUCCUGUGGGGAGGGCGACAUGGCGAUGAUCUUGAGGACACCUCAUCGAUCCAUGAUGCCGCUCACACCGGCGAACGCGCCGAGGAACGAUAUUGGCUUCUCAUGCAGAUUCUUGUCUCCACUGAGCUUCUCAUUCGCCUGGAUGCUGUUACUGAAGGCGAAGAAUAUGGCGUCGAGUCUUUCCGACCCAUUGACGUCGUUCACUUUGAGAGGGCCGCGACCCGAAUGGUCAAGUGGUCGCUUCAUCUUGCCCGGAGCUGGCUCGAGAAUAUUGACCUGACUAAAAUCGAAGGACCUCCCCCAGUAAGCUCCAGUCCAUCUUCAGCGGGAUGGUUGGGCUCGCUUGUCAGCAAAAUCACCCUGCGACACCAUGAGGAGGAGAAAGCGCCCUCCACCUAUCGCUAUACGAUCAAAGGACGUCAUGGGCCACGUCAAGUAGACGGCCUCACCCAUUUCGCAAAGAAGCUACGUUGGCCCGGAAUCGACACUUACGAGGCUUUGAUUUCCGAAAACUUGCGCAACUCAGCUGGCACCCCAGCCCUGCCUACUCCCACCCCGACCCCGAGCGCACAGCCGAAUGGAACGAAGCGGGACUCGUACUUUGGACCAUGGGACCGCCCCAAGAGUCCGUACGACAGGAUCCAGCUUCGCCGGGGGAAACUAGCAGCGACUCUGCAUGCGUCGGGAUGGCUCUCCAAAUCAUACAUCUUCGGAUUAAUGCUCCCGGGCGAUGGCCUCCAUCACUUCUUGAUGGCGACACUUCUCGAAAAUGACCCUGCAGCAAUGGAGGCCCUAGGUCCCGUGGCUAACCUGUGCGGAGGCUUUGUGUACUCAGGCAAGAGUUUCUGGAGCACGUCAUGCAUUGUCGGCCGAGUUAUUGCCGCAGGAUCGGGAUCGGCUGAAUGCAUGGGAUGGGUCUCAAGCGACAUUCUACCCGUGGGAAAAAGCGAUGGCUGGGUCAACAUCGAGGUCGCGGAUGUGCCAGGAGACAUGGCUCACCUCGGAAAGAAGGCCAGGCUCUGGGCGAAGAAGCGGAUCGAGAAAGAGUCUUCCAUUCUUGGAGACGCUGACGAAUAUUCCGUUCUUCCCGCCGACUUCAUCAUCCCCCACGAAAACUCCUACUCGACUCCUCCUCAGUUGCUGUCCGUGAGAUUACAGUCUCUGGACCUCGUAGCUCCAGCAAACUCGAUCCAGUCCGCACCCUUCACCAAGCAACCGCAAAACGCCGAGAAGACGGCCAAUUCGACGACUAAAGAUCCCGAACUUCUCUCCUUCCCUGCCAGCGUCAACUUCUCCGUCACCAUUGAUGGACAAAUCCCUGCAGAGGACUUUUCCUUCUCACUAGCUUAUGAUGUAAACUUCGUCACAGCCCACCCCUGCGCACCGUCGCGGGGAGUGAGGUUCUUGAAGUCCCCGACCAGCCCGACGAUCCAGCAGAUUGAUGUCUCUGGAUCUGAUUUGCUUGGGAAAAGCGCUCGCCCUGCGCAUAGGACUGGUCAUCCCCUACACAAAUACUUUAACUAUACGGUUAUGCACGUCUCAGAGCUACUCAAGAGGCAGCACGUCCCGCUGGAGGAGUUGCUCGCCGCCCCACCGUCCACUACAAGACGCCCUUCUCGAAACGGGAGCGAGCGCGUGCUCGUCAUUGACUGCAUUACCAACAUGGCGCCGGAGACGCCCAUGUCCCCGACCCGAGAGCGCCUCACGUCCAAGUACAACAUCGUCCAGCGGAGGGGGAGCUUCCCCGCCGCCGCGCAGAUGCACUUCGAGUCGCGGAAGCGCGAGUUCGGCUCCGAUAUGGAGAUCCUGGUGCGCGCCAUCUGCGCACAGAACGGGUGGAACGCCAUCAUCAGCCGCAGGAAGCGGGGAUGCCUGGCAUGUGCUAUUAGGGAGGCCGGGGCGUUGCAGUGGAAGGUCAUCAUCCGGGUGGAAUAA